UCCCCACCAUCACCACCACCAUCAUCAUCAUCAUCAUCAUGAUGAUCGUAAUCAAAAUGAUUUGAAUAAUGAUCAAAAUGGUGAUUUAAAUAAUCGAAAACAGCAAAAUAAUCAAUCACCAUUGAUUAAACGUAUAACAAAACAACCUAAACGUGGUUUAUCAUUAGAUAUGGAUCAAACAAUUAAUGACAAAACGUGUGAUAAUUAUUUGGAUAAUAAUAAUGAUGAUCAUUAUAAAAUGAUGAUGAUGGUUGUUGCUAAAAAUAAUUCGGAUAUUAGCAAUAAUUCGGAAAAAUCAAUGAUCGAUGAUUAUACAGCUCAAUAUUAUCGUACAUCAUCGGCUAUUUCUGAUCAUUCAUCAACAACAACAACAACAACAACAACAAUAACAACUGCAGCAACAACAACAACAAAAAUAUCAUCUAUAAAUGAUAAAAAAUUAAAUAAAAAUAAACAAACAAAUCGUUGUAUAUCGAAUCCACAUAAUCAUCAAUUGAUUAAAGCAAAUUCAAUUGCUAGUGGUGAUACUGUUAGUUCAUUGAUUCCGGUUUCAAAUUCUUUGAAAAAUGCAAUGAUUAUCGAUUUGAAUAAUUUUCGUUUCUCCAAUGAAGAAAUUGAUCGUUUUCGUCAUCAUCAUCAAAAUGAUGACAAUAAUGGUAAUGGUGGUAGUAUGAAUCUAGACAAUAAUGGUUAUACAAUGGAUAAUCGUAGUACACGGGCAACGACACCGGCUGAUGAACAAAUAUUUCAAGAACCAAUAGAAUCAUUACAGGUAAGAAUUGGUCGAUUAUUAUCAUGUGAAGAAAUGGCCGAUAUGCAUUUUUUGAUUGGACCGCAUCCAUUAUCAUUAUCAUCAUCAUCAUCAUCUGUUGGUUUAAAAACAACAACAACAACAGCAACGAUCAAUACACCAUCACCAACAUCACCAUUACGAAAACUUCGUAUACCAGCUCAUCGUUUAAUAAUGAUUGCAGCAAGUCCAGUAUUUAGGCAAAUACUUUUGGAUCCAACUACCGGACAAUUGAUUGAAUGUGAACGUGAUUUAGAGAUCAAUGAUAUUGAGCCAUCAUCAUUUUUAGAAUUUCUUCGUUAUGCAUAUACGGAUAGUGCAAAAUUGAAUAAAGAUAAUGUUGUCGGUAUAUUGAUUGCAUCGAAACGUUAUCAAAUUUCAACAUUAGAACGACAAUGUAUUGAUUAUAUACAUAAAUGUUUAUCAAAACGAUCAUCAUUAGCUAUAUGGAUUUCGACACGUAUAUAUGGCUUACGAGAUUUGGAAAAAGUAGCAAGAAAAUCAAUGCAACAUUAUGCUGAAUCAAUAUUAUUAUCGAAUGAUUUUUUACGUCUUGAUCAACAAUCAUUAGCUGAUAUAUUAUCCGAUGAUCUAUUACGUGCCGAUGAAAUUGUUAUAUUUCGUUCAUUAACACGUUGGGCUAAACAAAAUUGUUUACGACAAGGAAUUUGUCCAAAUCGUGCUAAUGUUAGAAUGAUUAUUGGUGAUGCAUUAAAUUUGAUACGAUUUCCAUUGAUGAGUGAAGAACAAUUACAAAGAAUAGUUGCUGCUGAAGGUAUUUUGGAAGAUGAAUUAUUACGUGCAUUAGUUCAUUGUUCACGUAAUUGGCCACGAACAUCAAAUAUGAUGGCUGAAGCACCAUCAACAUUUUCAAAUGAACCAAGAGCAUUUCAACGUUUAGCUGGUCGUUUACAUAAUGUUUAUCGAUUUGCAUCAUUUGAAAAUACAUUACCAAAUCGAUAUCUAAAUCGUUCAUUAAAUUUUUUAGCUAAUAAACGUGUUUGGUUAGCUGGUGUUGGUCUAUAUGCACCACGUAAAGCAUGUACUUUUUAUCUAAAUCUAUGGGUACGGGUACGUCGUGCUGAUUAUGAUAAUCAAACAUGGCAUUCACCAUUGGAUCGUAUUGAACAUACAAUGUUGCUCAAAUAUGAUGGUAAUGGUCAUAUAAUUAAUAUGAAUUUUGAUGAACCAUUACAGAUUGAAGCUAAUGUACAAUAUGAAGUAUUAGCAACAAUAACACCAAGUCCACGAUCAACUAGUUUAGUACGUGCACGUUUACAUCCACAUCUUUAUUAUACAAGACCAAAUGAAGUUAAUUUUUAUUAUGGUACUGAAGGACAAUAUGCAACUAAAGUACGUGUUAAUAAUCGUGGUGAAAAUGUUAUAUUUAAUUUUAAUUGGGAACGUGAUGCAUUUCAUGAUGAUAAUAAUUCGGAUAAUAUUAGUUUAACUAAUAAUAAUCAAUUUAGUACAACCAAUAAUACAAAUAAUUAUUCAAUAAAUACAACAACAGCCAUAUCUGAACCAACAACACCAAAUCCACCACCACGGCCACCACCACCACAAGAAUAUCGUCGUCCAACACGUAUGCAACGAUUACGACGUGCAUUAUCAUUUGUUGAUAACCGGGAAAAAGAUCUGGCUGCAAUGACAGCACAAGCAAAUCAUAAUGCACGUGAAUGUGGUUUAUUAGAAGGACAGAUUCCAUUAUUAAUGUUUUAUGCUUGAAAGGAUUUAACUUUUUUUUUUUUUUUGCAUUUCAUCAAUCGCAAUUCAUAUAACAAUCAAUCAAUCAAUCAUCGAUUAUUUUAUUUAUUUAUUU